UUUGAAGAUAUCCAGCACUUAAAGCGGGCAUUUGCGGAAGUGAAACUACCGAAAAUGGAUGAAACACACAAGAAGGUGGCAUCGGUGAACAAUAAUGGCAGCACACUCUUGCGUUGUUUCAAUUGCAAUUCGAAGGGACACUGGGCCAAAGAGUGCAGGAAGCCAAAGCGCGAAAAAGGGUCAUGCUAUGCCUGUGGUGAGAUGGGGCACUUUGCAGCAAAGUGCCUGAAAAACAAGAAUGUGGAUGAAAACAAUUACCAUGCCUCAUAGACACGGGAAGCCCCAUUUCGUUCAAAAAAAUUAGUAAAGUACC